AUGGGGGCGCCCCCGGGCUACCGACCCUCGGCGUGGGUCCAUUUGCUCCAUCAGCUGCCCCGCGCCGACUUCCAGCUCCGGCCGGUGCCCAGCGCCUUCGCGCCCCACGAACGAGAAUACCAGCAGGCCCUGCUGCUGGUGGCGGCCUUGGCAGGCCUGGGCUUGGGCCUGAGCCUCAUUUUCAUUGCUGUCUACCUCAUCCGCUUCUGUUGCUGCCGGCCCCCCGAGCCGCCCGGGGCCAAGAGCCCCCCGCCUGGGGGAGGGUGCGUCACCUGGAACUGCAUCGCUGCCCUUCUCGUCGGCUGCGCUGGCAUUGGCAUCGGUUUCUAUGGCAACAGUGAGACCAGCGAUGGGGUGUCCCAGCUCAGCUCUGCACUACUGCAUGCCAACCACACGCUCACCGCCAUUGACCACCUGGUGCUGGAGAUGGUGGAGAGGCUGGAUGAGGCCGUGAGGACUGAGCUGACCACGCUGGAGGAGGUGCUGACGCAGCGCAUGGAGCUGGUGGCCGCCGCCCGGGGCGCCCGGCGGCAGGCGGAAACCGUGGCCCAGCAGCUCCAGGGGCUGGCCUUCUGGCGGGGGGUGUCCCUGAGCCCCGUGCAGGUGGCCGAGGAUGUCUCCUUUGUAGAGGAGUACAGGUGGCUGGCCUACGUCCUCCUGCUGCUCCUGGAGCUACUGGUCUGUCUCUUCACCCUUCUGGGCCUGGCGAGGCAGAGCAAGUGGCUGGUGAUCGUGAUGACGGUGAUGAGUCUCCUGGUUCUGGUCCUGAGCUGGGGCUCCAUGGGCCUGGAGGCAGCCACAGCCGUGGGCCUCAGUGACUUCUGCUCCAGUCCGGACAGCUACAUCCUGAACCUGACCCAGGAGGAGACCGGCCUUGGCUCAGACAUCCUGAACUACUAUUUCCUCUGCAACCAGGCCGUCUCCAACCCCUUUCAACAGAGGCUGACUCUGUCCCAGCGAGCUCUGGCCAACAUCCACUCCCAGCUGCAGGGCCUGGAGCGGGAAGCUGUGCCCCAGUUCCCUUCUGCGCAGAAUCCUGUGCUGUCCUUGGAGGAGACGCUGAAUGUGACAGAGGGAAGCUUCCACCAGUUGGUGGCACUGCUACAUUGUCGUGGCCUGCACAAGGACUAUGGCGCAGCCCUGCGCGGCCUGUGUGAAGACACCCUGGAAGGACUGCUCUUUCUGCUGCUCUUCUCCCUCCUGUCUGCCGGGGCCCUGGCCACCAUCCUCUGCAGCCUGCCCCGCGCCUGGGCCCUCUUCCCGCCCAGGAAUCCAAGCGCUUCGUGCAGUGGCAGUCAUCAAUCUGAGCCCUUUCUCCAGUCCAGACUGGAGCCUGGUCUCCGUUUCUGUUCCUUCCCCGGCUGCCGGAGAAGACCCCACUAA